AUCCCGUUGCGAAAUCAAGCACGUAUGUUGUCAUUUUCGCAACGACCCGUUGUUAUUUUUUUCAACAACGGCUGUUGGUGAAUUGUACAUGAACGUGCUCAAAUUGACACCGAGACGUGGUCAACUUUCGGUACCAACAACAGCCGUGCUUAAUUUGUCCACCGAUGUGCUCAAAAUGACAACGUUGGGUUUUUAAUAUUGGUAAUUGCAGCCGAUUACACACGAGUAAAAAAUGACAACGGUGGUGCAUGAUUCACACACGGUCGUUGUCAAUAUGACACCGGUCGUGUAUGAAUUAUGCACCACCACCUGCAUAAUGAUGCACCACCGUUGUUACUUUGUACACCGACGUGCAUGAAUCGUACACGAUCGUUGCCAUUUUAGCAACUACCGUGUAUGAAUCAUGCACCACCGUUGUCAUUUUUUUUACUCGUGUGCAAUCGGCUGCAUAUUUACCAUUUUUUCCGUGUUAUUGAAAGAGAAAGGACGCAUUGUGCAAAAAAUUUAUUGAAAAUGAAUAAUAAUUCGCAAGAUCCUCAAAAUAUCAUUGGUGAGUUGUUAGAAAUCGAUGGCAAUAUUGUUGUGGUUCGCGAUACAAACCAUUGCAGCAGUCAAGAUGCGGAAAACAAUGAGGACGAUUAUAUGUUAAGGGAGUUCUUAAAAGGAAUAAAUAUGGAGUCGCUUUUUGAACAAUUAAAAGGUAAGUAAAUAAAAAUGAAUUUUUCAGUUAAUCAGUGUAAUUAACAAAGAAUUUUCUUUUUUGUUCUUUUAGCAUCACAUGUAACAUUUCGCAGCUUGCAGUACUUGAAAAAAGAAGAUUUAAAGGAAGCAGUGCCACCAUUGGGACUGCGUGUUGAAUUCAGAGAAAAGCUCUUUGCUUGGAAAAAACGAAAGCUCGGGAUUGAUGACGAAACUAUGUCAGUUCCAUCUAAAAUAGGUGAAUGGUGGAAACGCAACGAGACACCUGCAAGUACUCCUGGUACUCCCGACACUACAGGUUCGAACUGCUCAAAAGCCAAAGGAAUUUUGUCAGAGGAUCUAACGGAAUUGUUAACACAUACCUCGAAGGGGAAACUAGCGCUUGAAUGUAGUAGCGUUAAUAAGAAAUUAAGUGACGAGCAAAGAGAUGAUAUAAUUAAUAUAAUUAUUGAAGAUAUUUUAACCAACAAUGUUACUCUUUACACUCAAGACUAUAUGCGCAUAUUGGAUGAAAUUUGUUCCGUUUUUCCUCUUGAAAACGAAAUGAGGGAUUAUUAUUACAUUUCAAGAAAAGGAAAGAACAACGCAAGCGGAAAACUUUAUGCCAAGUAUAGAAACAAGAAGUCCAAAAGAAUAAAGCUUUUGAUUUCCGAACCUAGCACAAGCAAAGCAGCAACUCACACGUCUCCUAAUUUUUGUAACAAAGAUGUUCCCGAAAUUAAUGAAUUAGUUGAGAUUCAUUGAAAGCUUCCUUACUAAGAGAAUGUAAUGAUUGGGGAUCGAUCUGCAAAAAAUGGAAAAGAUCUUUUAACAUACGGCAAAGAGAUAUAAAAAAAUGGCCGAAGUUGUCCGAUGCAAGAGUUUCAGAAUUGGUAAGUAGCCAUGAGUCAAAUAUUUAUGUAUGGCAUUUUACUUAUAUCCUAUGAAUAAUGGAAAAGUUUAUUUCAGAUUAAAGUUAAUUUAAUUUGUUUCUAUACAUUAAAUAUAUGUAAUUCAAAUUGUUUUGUUAAAUUAAAUAUGUAUUUAUAUUGAAUGUAUUUAUAUUGAAUUUAUGUAAUUGGUUUCGUUCAUUAAAAAUUUAAAAAAAUUUCGUUUCUUUUACUAAGGGUAUAAAAUGGGAAAGGAACGGAUAUCAAAAAAAAUGACCACCAUUGGUUUCAAUCUGACAACGGACGUUGACAAUCCGACAACGGAGCGUUGACAAUCUGACAACGAAGCGUUGACAAUCUGACAACGGGGCGUGCUCGAAAUGACCACGUAUGUGCUCAUUUCAUGCACGUCUGUUGUUGAAACCGUUGCCAAAAUCUCGGUGUCAAAAUGACAACGGCGUGCUCAUUUUGAUACCAAACGUGGUUGAUACACUAUCAUACACGGAUGUGGU